AUGUCUCUUCUCAACCUCACGGGCAGUUCCCCUCUGACCGCCACCAACUGCUCCGUCCCUCUGGCGCCCGCCUCUCCUCCGUACAACUUCUACGCCGUGCUGCUGGUGCUGCUCAUCUUCUGCGUGGUGUUCGGGAACGUGCUGGUGUGCGUGGCCGUGUCCAGGGAGCGCGCCCUGCAGACCACCACCAACUACCUCAUCGUGUCGCUGGCCGUGUCCGACCUGCUGCUCUCCACCCUGGUCAUGCCCUGGGGCGUCUACCUGGAGGUGGUGGGGGAGUGGCGCUUCAGCCGCCUGCACUGUGACAUCCUCCUCACUCUGGACGUCAUGAUGUGCACAGCCAGCAUCCUCAACCUGUGCGCCAUCAGCAUCGACAGGUACACAGCUGUGGCUAUGCCUAUGCUGUACAACACACGCUACAGCUCUAGACGUCGAGUGGCUCUGAUGAUCGCUGUGGUCUGGUUCCUGUCCUUCGCCAUCUCCUGCCCCCUGCUGUUUGGCCUCAACAACACAGCGAGUCAGGAGGGUCGUGACUGCAGCUUCGCCGACCCGGCGUUCGUGGUCUACUCCUCGGUGGCCUCCUUCUACGUGCCCUUCAUCGUCACGCUGCUGGUGUAUGCGCAGAUCUGCGUGGUGCUGCGCCGGCGGGGCAGGCGCACGGCCCCCUCACGCCGACACGGCCUGCACGCAGACAGCGGCAACAGGCCGAGGAAGAAUAAAUGCACCCACCCAGAGGAUGUGAAGCUGUGUACCCUUAUUAUGAAGCCCCCAGCCACAGCUCCCCAGCGCAAGAAGGUGACGUUGGUGAAGGAGGCUGUGGUUCACGCUCCAGAGGCGGACCCCAUGCAUUUCCUGCCUCAGAAGGAACCACAGCAGACGCAGCCCCAGCCCCAGCCCCAGCCCCAGGGCAUCCAGCAGCCCGCCGCCUGCGCCCAGAUCUCCCUCUCCGCCACCGUGGCCCCGGCCGCUCCAGCGCCCCCCGCGCCCCCCGCCAUCCGCUCGGCCCUCGUCCCCCGGCGUGCCACCUUCCAGGCGGAGGUGCACGCCCGCGAGGGAUGGAGGGAGAGGAGGCUGGAGAGGGAGAAAGGAGGGAUGACAAAGGAGAGAUUUCGGGGAAGGCUCUCGCAGCAGAAGGAGAGGAAGGCAACUCAGAUGCUGGCCAUUGUGUUAGGAGUGUUCAUCAUCUGCUGGCUGCCCUUCUUCCUGACCCACGUGCUGAGGGCCCACUGUGGCAGCUGCUGCAUCUCUCCGUCCCUGUACAGCGCCGUCACCUGGCUGGGCUACCUCAACAGCGCCGUCAACCCCAUCAUCUACACCACCUUCAACAUCGAGUUCCGCAAGGCCUUCAUCAAAAUCCUCCACUGCUGA